AUGUCUAUCCGAGGACUAGGUAUAACCAUGGGUCCCCAGACUGGUCGAGAUCUAGUCGUCCGUCCCCAGUCUAGUCGAGAAGUAGCCAUCCGUCCUACACACAGCUCAUCCCGUGGAGGACGAAGGGACCGCGACGAGUAUGAACUCUAUGUUCAAAUUUGCUAUCCAGGGUCUGACGGUGUUACCAUCCAUUGGAUGAUUGCUAUGAGACAUCCAGGUUCUGAUCGUUGCACCCGGCUCCACAGCACUGGCUGCAUGGGUGAUCGUACAUUGUCUAUUGAGCCUAACAUGAGAUUUGAUAGCCGGUCAGUCGAACACACACACUUUCUCGGUAAGAUUGAGAGAAGAGACAAAGACAUUGUCAUGAUGGAGGCUGAGCAGAUUCCACUACAGAGCUGCCAACUCUGGGCUUGUUACCUAAUGCUUAGACUCGAGCGCAAGGGACUGCUCGAACGGAAAACCUAUAAGCACUACAUGCACUGUUACCCACACAAUCGUGUUGAGGACUAUGGACCUGGAUAUGAUGAUGAAUGCCCGGUUCAUGGACAGGGACAUGAGCACGGACAUGAACACGGACGUGAACAUGGACGUGAACACGGACGUGAACAUGGACGUGAACACGGACGUGAACACGGACAUGGACACGGACAUAGACACUAA